CCACAAGUAGAGCAGCGCCCAACACCAGAAGCUCCCUCUCCCCCCCAACUCUCCUCCAAUCUAUUGAUAGUUAGCGUUGGAUAUAUAGAUCUUUCCAGGGGUGGUGCAGGGUAUAUAGAUCUUUUGCCCUUAUCAUUGGCAAUGGGCCGCGUUGAGACGCUUUUAAAAUGAGCGAUUGGCUCAAGUCUCACAAGCGGGAGAUGAAGAUCUAGGUGGGCCACCGCAAGAGACAGGCUGUUGUCUCACAUUGGGCAACGAGGCAAGAGAUGGGCACAGGACCUGUACAUAUAAAGCCCGCCCCGUGGGACAUUUGUCGCGGAGCUCUUCUUGGGCAGUUGAAGAUUUCCCUGUCUAUUGCAUACCACCGCCUUUAUAUCAUCUCACCGUCUCACAAUGGGGAUUCUCAAAGUCGCUGCUGUUGCUCUUGCUCUGUGCUCGGCUGUUAGCCAGGCUUCGGUUUUGCCUCGUGCACCAGGCAUUAUCGAGACUGACUUCGAUGUGUUGAUUGUUGGCGGGGGGGCUUCGGGCCUGAGUGCUCUGAGUGGUGUCUCUCGUGUGCGGAGGACUGCGCUCCUCCUCGAUGGAGGCGAAUAUAGAAACGGCGAGACUCGCCAUAUGCACGAUAUUAUUGGCAACGAUGGCACUGCUCCGGAACAAUUCAGGGGGUUAGCCCGUGAGCAGAUAUCUAGAUAUGAUACUGCCCAUAUUAAGUUCACGACCGCUAUCUCAAUCGUCUCCCAGAACAAUGGCUCGUCCUUCCUCACUACCGACAACUUGGGGCAGACCUACACUAGCCGGAAAAUCAUCCUCGCAACUGGCCUCCGAGACAUUCUCCCUGAAACCCCGGGCAUUAAGGAGGCUUGGUCACGCGGCAUUUUUUGGUGCCCCUGGUGCGAUGGCUACGAACAUCGAGACCAGCCCUUUGGUAUCCUUGGAUCUAUCCUCGAUGUGCUUGGAAGUGUCCUGGAAGUUGCGACAUUAAACAGCGAUUUAAUUGCGUUCGUCAAUGGCAGUUUUACGGAAGCAAACGUAAAGACGCUCGAUGAGAGGCGCCCGGGAUGGCAGCAACAGCUCAAGGGAUACGGUGUCAAGCUCGACAACCGCACCAUCACUAGCAUUGAGAGGCUGCAGGAUGGUGCUAUUGUUCAGGAUGUCUCAGAGCGUAAAGAGUACGAUGAGUUCCGUGUCCAUUUUGCGGACGGCUGCUCUCUCAACCGCUCCGCAUUAAUCACAAACUUCUCAUACGUCCAGCGCUCUUACAUUGGAAAACCGCUAGGCGUCAAGUACUACGGCGAGAAGGUUAACGUCAACGCCGGAAGCAUGAGGACUGAUGUCCCAGGGGUUUUCUGUGUCGGGGACGCCAAUUCUGACAACGCCACAAACAUCCCCCACGCCAUGUUCUCGGGCAAGAAGGCCGCAGUUUAUGUCCAUGUCGAGCUUGAGCGCGAGAAGGCUGCUACAUUUGUCACAAAGCGUGAUGAGGAUGAGAUUAUGGAUGUUAUAGGCCGUGAUGUGGAGAACUUAUGGGCUGAGUUGACAGCCAGCAAGUAAAGGGGGUGAAGGUAUAUUUAAUCGGAUAAGGUUUGGAGUUUACUUGGUGGGUAUUAUAAUCUACUGGGACUGAAGUUGGGAGAAUAAUAUGAGAACAAAAUAAUUACACAAAAAUAAUUAGGGA